AUGGGCAACGGGAUGUGCUCGCGCAAGCAGAAGCGGGUCGUGCAGACGCUGCUGCUGCUCGCCGUGGUGGUCGCCUUCCUCUACGGGGCGAUGCUCUACUACGAGCUGCAGGCGCAGCUGCGGAAAGCCGAGGCGGUGGCGCUCAAGUACCAGCAGCACCAGGAGUCCCUCUCCGCCCAGCUUCAAGUUGUAUAUGAACACAGAUCAAGAUUAGAGAAGUCUCUGCAAAAGGAAAGACUUGAACAUAAGAAAGCAAAGGAAGAUUUCCUUGUUUACAAGUUAGAAGCACAAGAAACGCUAAACAAAGGAAGACAAGAUUCCAACAGCAGAUACAGUGCAUUGAAUGUCCAGCACCAGAUGUUGAAAAGUCAACACGAGGAGCUCAAGAAGCAGCACAGUGACUUGGAAGAGGAACAUCGCAGACAAGGGGAAGACUUCAGCAGGACGUUUAACGACCAUAAACAGAAAUACCUGCAGCUUCAGCAGGAGAAGGAGCAGGAGCUCUCGAAGCUGAAAGAAACUGUGUAUAAUUUGAGAGAAGAAAACAGACAACUACGGAAAGCCCAUCAGGACAUACAUACACAGCUUCAAGAUGUGAAGCAACAGCAUAAGAAUUUACUCUCCGAGCACGAACAACUUGUAGUGACUCUGGAAGACCACAAGAGUGCGCUAGCUGCCGCACAGACUCAAGUUGCAGAAUAUAAACAGCUGAAGGACACUCUGAGUAGGAUUCCAAGCUUCCGAAAUUCCGAACGCACGGACAAUCAAAAUGAUCACCUGGUGACGCAUUCCCCACAGAGCUACAGCAGCAGAGAGAAGCCAGCCCAGGGGCCACAGGAGGUGUCUCAAAACAGGGAUAUAGCACAGAACCCUGAAGCAGUUCCUGAAGGAAAAGAAGAAACCAAGCCUUAUCCUCCCACCCAGAACGGGCCAGGACUUCAGACCCCAGCCCAGCUGAACCAGCGCGGAGUGGAGCCCAGAGAGGCCGAGGUCCAGCGGGCGGAGGAGGAGCACAGGAAGGCCCUGGAGGAGGAGGAGAUGGAGCAGGUCGGGCAAGCGGAGCGUCUGGAAGAGGAACACGAUCCGUCGCCCGAAGAGCAGGAGCCGGAGUGGAAGGAGCAGCGGGAGCCAGACAAAGAAGUGUAUCCUUCCACCCGGCCGGUUACCAAAUUCCGAUCCCCCUUCGAGGAGCAGUUAGAACAGCAGAGAUUGGCCAGGAGGCGAGCAGAAGAGGCCCAGCAGCUGAGGGAACACCAGGAAGCUUUGCACCAGCAGAGGCUGCAGGGCCAUCUGCUGUGGCAGCGGCAGCAGCAGCUUCGGGAGCGGGAGCUGGCCCUCCAGAGGCAGGCGCAGCGGCAGGAGGGCCCGCAGGAGCGGCCCCGGCAACAAGCUCACUAUGAUGUUGUGGAUAAUGAUACUGUUGAGGGAGCAGAAGAUCAGGGCCCCCAAGAAGAGGAAGGAGCCUAUGAAAGAGACAGCCAGCACCAAGAUGAAGCUGAAGAUACCAGACAUGAACCUCAGGAACAGAGGCGCCGAGAAGCCAACCCAGAGUCUGAUGCAGAUCGGGCAGCUGCCGAGGAUAUAAACCCAGCCGAUGACCCGAAUAAUCAGGGAGAGGAUGAAUUUGAAGAAGCCGAGCAAGUGCGAGAAGAAACUCUCCCAGAUGAGAACAAGGAGCAGAAACAGAAUCCUCAAAAGCACGAGAAGGCAGAAAUGGAGGAGCAUUUGGUGAUGGCAGGAAAUCCCGACCAGCAGGAAGACAAUGUCGAUGAGCAGUACCAGGAAGAGGGAGAAGAGGAGAUUCAAGAAGAUUUGACUGAUGAGAAAAAAAGGGAAUUGGAGCCUAAUGCUGAAGAGACGUAUGGUGAAAACAAUGAAAAUGGUGAUGAUAAAAAUAAUGACGGAGAAGAACAAGAGGUUCGAGAGGACACCCGGCCCAAAGGCCAGGAGGAGCACUAUGAGGAGGAGGAAGAGGAGGAGGAAGAAGAUGGGGCUGCUGUUGCCGAGAAGUCGCAUCGGAGGGCCGAGAUGUAG